GACCAGCCCCCCCCAGAACCGGCGCCGGCCAUGGGUCCCUGCUGAGCUACCCGGGGUGGCGGUAGGAAGUGGGGAAAAGUCACCACGAUCCAGCCAUGGGCAGCAAGGAGCGCUACCAUUGGCAGGCGCAGAAUGUCAAGCACAGCGGGGUGGACGACAUGGUGCUGCUGGCUAAGAUCAGCGAGGACGCCAUCGUGGAGAACCUCAAGAAACGCUUCCUGGAUGACUACAUCUUCACGUACAUCGGGCCGGUCCUCAUCUCCGUCAACCCUUUCAAACAGCUGCCCUACUUCACCGAUCGCGAGAUUGACAUGUACCAGGGAGCCGUCUCCUACGACGUGGAGGGAUUCUGUGAGCGAAACCGCGACGUGCUCUUCACCGACCUCAUCGAGCUGAUGCAGAGCAGUGAGCUCCUCUUCAUCCGAGACCGCUUUCCUGAGAACAUCAACGCCGAGAAGAAAGGGCGCCCCACCACAGCCGGGAGCAAGAUCAAGAAACAAGCAAACGACCUGGUGAGCACCCUGACGAAGUGUACCCCCCACUACAUCCGCUGCAUCAAACCCAACGAGACCAAGAGACCCCGCGACUGGGAGGAGAGCAGGGUGAAGCACCAGGUGGAAUACCUGGGCCUGCGGGAGAACAUCCGGGUGCGCCGGGCCGGCUACGCCUACCGGCGGCUCUUCCAGAAGUUCCUGCAGAGGUACGCCAUCCUCACCCCCGAGACAUGGCCUGCCUGGCGGGGGGACGAGAAGCAGGGCGUGGUGCACCUGCUGCGCUCCGUCAACAUGGACCCAGACCAGUACCAGCUGGGCCAGAGCAAGGUCUUCAUCAAGGCCCCGGAGUCGCUGUUCCUGCUGGAGGAGAUGCGGGAGCGGCGUUACGACGGAUACGCCCGGGUCAUCCAGAAGGCCUGGCGCAAGCAUGUGGCCGUGCGCAAGUACAUCCGCAUGAGGGAGGAAGCCUCCAACAUCCUGCUGAACAAGAAGGAGCGCCGGCGCAACAGCCUCAACCGCAACUUCGUGGGCGACUACAUCGGGCUGGAGAGCCGGCCCGAGCUGCGGCGCUUCGUGGGCCGGCGCGACCGUGUGGACUUCGCCGACACCGUCAUCAAGUACGACCGGCGCUUCAAGACAGUGAAGCGGGACCUGAUCCUGACGCCCCGGUUCCUGUACCUCAUCGGGCGGGAGAAGGUGAAGCAGGGCCCCGAGAAGGGGACGAUCAAGGAGGUGCUGAAGCGGCAGGUGGAGCUGGAGAGGAUCCAGUCGGUGUCUCUGAGCACCUUGCAGGACGACUUCCUCAUCGUCCACGAGCCGCAGUACGACAGCGUCCUGGAGUCCGUCUUCAAGACGGAGUUGCUGAGCCUGCUGUGUAAACGCUACGAGGAGAGGACCCGCCAGCAGCUGUCCGUGAAGUUCAGCAACCAGCUGCAGUUCAAGGUCAAGAAGGACGGCUGGGGCCCCUGGGGGGCAGCAGGCUCCCGCCAGAUCCAGUUCCAGAUCUGCCAGGGCGACGUGGCGCUGCUCCGGAACAACGGGAAGGUGCUGAUCGUCAGCAUCGGGCCCGGGCUGCCCAGGAACGCCCGGCCCACACGGAGGGACACCAGGAAGAGCAGGUACCUGAACAGCAGCAGCAUCGCCGGCCGGAACUACCCCCCUGCGGCAGGCAGAGAGAGGAGCGACACCAGCCGGCGUAGCAGCCCUGGCUCCCGGGCCCCUCUCCAGCACCGUCUCUCCAUCGCCCGGCAGGGCAGCAUGGAACAGCCCACCCUGCCCAGGCAUGGAGCCAGCCCCAGGGCCAAAGCCUUCCCUGCCCAGCUCAACCUAGACUUCAUGAACGUGCCGGACCAGGGCGUGGCCGGCUGGCAGCGGAGGCUCUCCAAAGAAGCCAAGCCUAUCCCCGGAGGCGGCCGAGCCAAACCCAAACCCAAGCCAAAGCCCCAGCCGCGCCUGCCCCAGUGCCGCGCCCUCUACGCCUACGAUGCCCAGGACACAGACGAGCUCAGCUUCAAUGCCGACGAAUACAUUGAACUCAUUAGAGAAGACCCCUCAGGCUGGUGGCGGGGCAGGAUACGGGGGAAAGAAGGGCUGUUCCCCGGGAACUAUGUGGAAAAACUCUGAUGGACGUGCCAGCUUCAUUGCUCCAAUUCUGACCCGGGGAUCUAGGAGGGAAGAGACGUGUCUGCAGGAUCCAAUCAGCCUUGCUCCUGGAUUAUACAGUGCUGCCGGGCUCGACUGAGGCCACUAAUUUAAGGCAAUUGAGUGGGAGGACGACGAUUGGAUCAUGUUGAGAGCCCUCUUCCUCUGAAUCUUAGCCCCUCAGCGUGUUGCCUUCCUUCUGCUCUGGGGUGCAUGGUGGAGAAUGCAGGUUAGCCUGUCUGUCCUCCUGAACGAGGAGCAACUCAGCAGGCAUUGGGCCUCCCCUUCUCAGGAACCAGCACCUACUGCUUGGACUCACCGGGACAAGACCAGCCGCUCGGCCUUGUUACGCAGGGUUAAAAAAAAUCUUCCUCCAUAACUGUAUAAAAAGAAUAAAUUGAUGGUUUAAUUUUCUACACUAACCUCUGCUCCACUUUCAAAAACAGCUGUAGCUUUUUAACUCAAAUCUGUACCGACAAAGCGAGCACGCCUCCAGCCUGGUGGAAGCUGAGUCGAUGUUUUCAUCAGCUCCCAUUUUGAACUGGGGAGCCUAACCUUCUCCUCAGGUGUUAUCAGACAAGGCCAGCGGGCAGUAGAAGGCUGCCUGGCUACCUUAAAGAGAUUUCCUUGAAAGCCUCCAAUUCCUCUUCGGUAAUAGCUACUACUAAAGGAAAACUGCCAUGUAAUCAAUUGCACCAUGUAAUCAAAACUGCUGCAUAAUCAAAUGCACCAUUUUGGCAAGCAGAGUAGGACACAGGAAACUCAUCAGUGGAAUGACCGAAGAGCAGGUUUCCCGGGUUAAGUUCAGCUGAUGUGUUGUGCUUUUUACCUGUCCCAGCAGAGGUUUGGCUUCUGCAGGGAGGUGUCCCCUCAGUUCCCAGGUAGCUAGGUAAUAGCUGGAAGACUCAGAUGCUCCUAAAACCCUAGGCAAAUAGUGGAAUGAGUUUUCCCUUCAAACAAAGGCAACAGCAAGUGGAUGGCAGAACUGGGCUGGUUCGGUAACGGAAGAGCUACACGAGUCGCCUACGCUGAAGCCCGUGUCAGGGGAGAUGGACGCUGCUCCAGAUUUCAUUUGUUUUUAAAAGGCAGCAUUAUCACAUUAUUUCCCAUGUUGAGACUGCCGGGAGCUUUCAUUCCCAAGUGUUUGCUUUGACGUGUCUAGCCACCGGACUGCAAUCUAGAAUGAAAACCCAUCUUCUUAAAAGAACAGCAAGUUUCCUACCCCGUUACUUGUCUGAAAGAGAGACUUUAACGAGCCUCUUCCUUAGCUCAGUCCCAGGCAGUGUAAAUCCUCUGGUUUUGUAUAUUCUGUAAAAACCGAAGACAGCAGCUUGUAUAGUUCUGACGUCUCCCUCCGCGUCCCGGUAAUAAACUGCUGUUUAAAGCAGGGGUUUUCAAACUGGG